UACCUAGCCUACAUUUUUUACAUUCUACUGGGGGUAAACUGUAAUCUUUGCUCGUCAAUUUUAGCAAAUCUUCGCCAGCCCCCUCACAUAUCACUAACCUUUAAUAGCUCAUCCUUCUUAACAUUCUUAACUUUACAUUUAAAUUCAAAUAUUCCAUUCAUUCUUUUAAUUAAAUCAACCAAAAUACAAUACAAAUCCCUUUCAAUUUUAUCAAUUUCUUUUAUUCCUCCAACUUUUUUCUUAAAAUCUUUAUUUAAUUUAUAUUCCCAAGUUCUUUCCAAUUUUUUUAUUAAUUUAUUUUUAUUUUCCCCAUUUUCCCCUUCUUCUUUUGGAAAUAAAAUUUCAAAAACUUGGGGGAAUUUUCUCAAAUAUUUUAAAAAAUCAAAACGUUUCGCCAACAAAUUUAAAUAAACAAUUAAAUCCAAAAGCUUUUUUUCCUUCAAAUUUUGAGGGUUUUCUAUCGCUGUUUUAUAUAAAUUUUUUAGUUUAUCUUCCCCUUCUCUUCCGAGGAAUUCUUUCAAAAUCCAUGUUUUUUGACCCUCAUUUGCUUGAAAUUUUUUAGAAUUUCUUCCUUUCCCCAUUUUUAAUUUUCCAGACAAAUUUUCUUCUUUUUUAAAAAUUUUGGGUGAAAUCUCCAUUUCGUUAACUUUCUUGUCUAUUUUUUCGUUAUCUUCAAUUAUUUUUAUCACCUUUGAUUUGCCCUUUUCUUCUUCUUUUUCUUCCUCCUCAUCCUUCUUUACUUUCUCCUUAUCCUUAUUUUCUUCCUCCUCAUCCUUCUUUUCUUCCUCUUCCUUUUCUUCAUUCUUUUCUCCCUUAUCCACUUCCUUCUCUUUUCCCCUCUUUCUCUUCUCUUCUUCUACUUUCUCUACCUUCUUUUUUUCACUCUCUUCUUCUUCCGUUACCUUCAGCUCCUCUUCCCUCUUUUCUUCCUCUUCCUUUACCUUUAACCCCUCUUCUUCAUUCUUUUCUUCCUUUACAUCUUCUUUAACAAUCUUCUCUAAAUCUCUUAUUUCCUCCUCAUUUUCUUCCCCUUCAAAUUCCCCUAAAAGACUACUUGAUGUCCCUUCAAUUUCCUUCUCCAACUUCAAUUUAUUUCCAUCAUUUUUAUUUGAUUUAUUUUUCUUCUUUUUCUUCUUCGAUUUAUUCUUUUUUGAUUUUCCUUUAUUAUUCAAUACAUUUUUAUCAUUAUUUUUAUCUCCAUCCUCGUCAGAAUCUAUUGCCGUUACACUUUUUUCUCUCCCUUCAUAAUUAA